UUGUACAAAAGUUAUUUGCUUGGGCACCUCUGUCUCAUUCGUGUGUUAACCGUGAAGCAGUUGUGUUUUCAUGGCUGAUUUUCGAUUUAAAGUGUGGGAUAUGUCAGUGAAUUUACAGGGGAAUAACCCCUGAUCCUCAGGAAUGGCAACGCAUAGAGAGUAUCAUGGGCGAAAUAGUAUACUCUGUUAUGUCCUUGGUACUGCUCAUGUCUAUUGGCGACGAAUAUCACUUUCUAUCAGAUGGGCCGUCAGCUUGUUUGCCAUUCUAAGUUGCAUGAAAAAAAAUAUUUUAGCAAUUUUUAAUUAUGGGACCUUAAAAUGUCUGAUUGAUAGCUGUUUACCUAUUAUUAAUUAGAGAGUCUUUUUAUUAAUAAAAUAAUUAUUCUAGAUUCUAUCUACUAUAUUAACAUACAUCAUAUUAGGAAUCAAAUUUGGAUUACAAUUUGAAUUGGAUUUUCUUUAAUAUUAAAAGAAGAAUUUCAAGAAAAACUAUUAUUUCACUUCCAAAGAACACAAUAAUUGGAACCGGGAAAGGAAACAAUGGCAUUUCUCACAUUUAAAUCAAGAAUCGGAACAGUAUAUGAAGACGUAACUACUGACGUUUUGGGUAAAAUUGGUGUUUGGAAAUGGAUAGUGGUAUUAGUUUAUACCAUACUCAUGAUUCCUUCUAUUUUUAACCAAUACGAAGACAUGUUCCUAAUUCGACCGGCAGAUCAGCUGAAUUGCAUUCCAUCAGCGAGAUGGACACCUCAAUCUCCACAGUGGCUGCUGUACAACAGCAAGAUACCUAUAGCCGAAAAGAUACUAUUUACGGCAGCUAAAAGAAACGUGAUUAAAUUAUGCAGUGACUUCAAGAUAAGACCUGUUAAUCACAGAAAAAUAUUACGCAAUUUCCUUUCUUCAAUUGCAUUAGCAUUCCGUCUUGUUGGGCAUGCAUUGAUCCUUAACAUUACACCCCGGUAUUUUGCCACUAAAAUACGAGCAACUAUCUUGCUAUCACUAACUAACUAUCUCGCUGCCGGUCAACUGGGAGCUAUGAUUAGUUACUUAUUAAUCGUGUUUCAACCAAUUAAUGAUGCCACUAUCGUGGCUAUAGAGGUAGCAGUCACAUUGACUCUGGCGUCUUUGCGCUUCAUAUUUCUUGAUGUAGAUGGCAGAGAACUGCCGGAUGUUCUGGAAGACAUGGAUUAUUUCUCAGAAUUAUCGAAGCCACUUCGCUGGGCAUCACAGAGAAAUAACUCGCCAACUAAUGAGGAAGUGGAAAUAAGAGUUUACUCAUUCGGGAGCACUGGACACGGUUUAUCACAAGGCUAUUCAGAAGAAAGAAUCCCGGCGCAACGAAUUGGCUUCACAAGAAUAUGGCCGGUUUUGAUUUAUAAUUUUAAUCGUAUUUUCCGUCGAGGCACAACAUGUUCCUAAUUUGAAAAGGAGUGAUGAUAAAAUAUAAUCUGUUUUAAAAAAACCUAACGUAAAGGUAGUCAAUUUUUUAAGAAUUAUUUUUUUAAGUAUCGAAUCAAGUAAUAAAUUACUUUUAUUUGAAUUACUAAUGGUCAAUAACACUGUUUUGUUCGUGUUAAUUAUUCGAGUGGUAAUAAUAUACAGAUAAUACUACAAAUACAGUAAUAUAACAAAAUACAGAUAAGUCUUUUUUAAACCCUUUUGCCUAUGAAGUCAAAAUAGAUUUAAAGACACCAUAAUGACCCGUCGUAUAUAACAAAUGACUCGUAAUAAGUAAUUAUAACAAAUAAUAUAAACAUUACCUUCAUUACAUACUUUAAAGUUAAUAGUCGCACUAUUGAUAGUAAAAAUGAAUUGAAAUAUCCAAACUAUAUGUACCUACAACUACAAAGAUAUAGAAAAAUAUAAUAUUGCAAAUUUUUUAAAUAGGUAUUACUACCCACCG